UGUGUGGACUGAGCGAGAAGACGGUUGUGUUGUCCUGUCUCAGAUAUAUAUUGCACCAGCUGAAGUAACGAUGAGUUCAGUUCAGAAUCUGAGAGAGUUGAUCAACGAGCGACUAACUGCUACUGCUGAAGAAAUAUUCAGAGAGUUUGAAAAAACUAUCGUCCAGUACGAAGAAGAGAUCGAUCGUCAGCGUCGAUUGCUGGAUAUCAUCUGGAAACCUGAAACACACACAGUAGACCUCCCACAGCAGUAUGUCUGUCAAAAGAAAGAGGUUCUUGCUGAUAAACAGCGCAGUAACCGAGAAAGAAACUCUAGCCUGGACCAGGAGAACUCGGGGCCUGUACAAAUUAAAGAGGAACAGGAGGACCUCUCCACCAGUCAGGAGGGAGAGCCGCUAGUACUGAAGCAGGAGGCUGAUAUGCUGGUUCAGUGCAAGUCCAAAUGUAAAGAAUUAUCUGAAGAAAUAUUUGUUGUCUUUGAAAAAACACUCAUCCAUUACGAGGAAGAGAUCGAUCGUCAGCGCAGAAUGCUGAAUAUCAUCUGGAAACCUGAAAUAAAGUUACACAAAAUAGACCUCCUACAACAACAUGUCUGUACAGAGCAGAUGAGUCUUGCUGAACAGCUGCCCUGUAACCAGGAGAGGAACUCGAGUCUGGAUAAGGAAGACCUAGAGGCUCCACAGAUUAAGGAGGAACAGGAGGAACUCUGCACCAAUGUAGACGGAGAGCAGCUUGUAGUGAAGCUUGAGACAGAUAUCUUUAUGGUGACCCCUACUAAUAAGGAAAGUGACCACAAAGAACUAGAACAAAACAGUGACCAGCUCCUGUCUCACAACUCUCCUGUAGCUGAGAGCCCACAUGAUGAACAAAGCAAACAUAUAUACUCAGGAUCGACUAAAAAUGCACAGCUGAAACCAAAAAGUAGACAUCACAAAAAAAGCAAUCAUAGUAACGAUGUAGACAACACUACCAUAUCAGAGAGUAACUGUGAUACUGACACGAGUAAAAAGUGUGUAAAAUGUGACGUUUGUGGAAAAGCCUUUAAGGAUAGGUCCCGAAUGAACAGACAUUACAAAAUCCACACAGGUGUGAAGCCAUAUGCUUGCAGCACUUGUGGGAAAAGAUUCUAUGAGAUAUCCCCAAUGAGAUGUCAUGAAAGAAUCCACACGGGUGAGAAGCUGUAUCCCUGCAAAAUAUGUAGGAAAAAAUUCAGUACAAGCUCUCACCUAAAGGUGCACUUGAGAAUUCACACCGGUGAGAAGCAGUAUUCUUGUGAAUUAUGUGGGAAAAGUUUUAGGCAAAGUAGCGGCGUAAAUGUUCACAUGAGAACUCACACAGGGGAAAAGAAGCAUUCUUGCAAAAUAUGUGACAAAAAAUUUGGUCAAAAUAGUCAUUUGAUUGUCCACAUGAGAACUCACACAGGUGAGAAGUUGUAUUUCUGUGAAAUCUGUGGGAAAAAUUUCAGUCAAAGUAGUCAUUUGAUUGUCCAUGUGAAAACACACAAAGGUGCUAAGUCCAAGUCCUGAAACAGGUGGGAAAGUUCUGUGGGUUGCCAUGCUUGAAGAAAUGUAUAAGAAUUUGUGCAGGUUACUAGUAGAGCUUCUACAUUUCAAAUUGAAAUGUUUUAUUUACAAUUGGAACGCUCCCUUGAAGUCAAGUUGUGCACCAACUGCAACGCUCGCUGGAUCUCCCAAAAAUGGCAACAUUCAACUGGUGGAACAAACAGUGAUGGUUGUUUAUGCCAAAUACUCUCUUGCAGGCGCCUCAGUUUGUCAGCAGAAGUUGGUAUUGACAGUCAGACCUGUGGACGUCUAUCUUGUUAGCAUCUCUCACACAGUGUCCUACUGUCUUGUCACUUGUUUGUGCCGUUUCCAUACAUUAAAAAAAAAAAAAAAAAUCAAAUAAAAUAUGACUAUAAA